CAUCUGGCUGCCUGUCUAUAUAUGUGCUGGCUGACCUGACUUGUCCCUCGUCGACAGAGUGAGCAGGAUCCCAACCAAUCGAGGCAUGGAGCAAUAGCUAACCGCCUGCCAAGAACACGAGGCAGCUGCCGCAUGAACCAAGCUAGCUCGGUUUCGCCGAUGGACAUGGAGAUGGAGAAGAAGGCCGCGUCGUCGGCGCUCCAGAGGAGCCUCUCCGCCGUCACCUACUGCUGCGGCGCGUGCGGGUACGACCUGCGCCUGCGCUCGUCGGACCGGAACACGGCGGGCAUCGUGGGCGGCGGGUACGGGCGCGCGGCGCGGCGCGGGGUGGUGGCCUUCGACGCCAUCGACGACGCGCGGUUCGGCCACGCCGACGAGUUCCGCUGCGUCGACGUACGCGCGCGCAGGCUCUUCGUGCGCCGCACCCGCCUCCUCUGCCGCAAGUGCGGCGCCACCCUCGGCUUCGGAUACGACGACCGCGCCCGCGGCGCCGCCAGCAGCUCCCCGCGCUACGACAUCAGGAUCCGCGCGCUCCAGCCUCUGGCCGCCGCCGACGACGACGGCGACGGCACGGCCGCCUGGCCGCCCGCGCCGUCGUCGGACGGUGCCUGACGGGUUCCCCGUUCCCCCGUCUGCUCGACUUCAACGCUGUGAAGAUUCUUGUCUUGCCUUGCUCCUUUCCAGUGACGCGUUUGCUGCUGUUUUUUUUCCUUGCAAGUCGCCGUCGCCCGUGGUUUUGUCCGCAAGCAGCUCGCUCGCUUGCAUCUCAAGAAAUGUACAAAUUGGGGGUGUCUUUUUCGGACGAGGCUCCGCUGCAGUUGGCCGCCGUGCAGUUGAGUCACUGCGUGUGGGGCCUGCACGCGUGGGGCCCACGUGGAAGUGACCCAACUGCAGGGGAGGUAACUGCA